CGUCGCGUCGCCAGCGGCAGGCAAUCGGGGAGACGAGCGCCGCUGUCGCCUGGCCGUGUAGUCUGCCACGCUCCGGUUCUUUUGUGUGACUUGAUUCCUCCAAAAGUCCACACGACAUUUACCACCCUCGGUUCGCUCGCCUUCACGUCGCCAUGAGCGGGAAGUCGGCCAGCGGCUCGGCGGGAGGAAUGGCGUGCAUCGACGGGCUGCCGCCGCUGCCCAAGAGCCUGAGCGGCUUGCUCAACUCGAGCGGCGGCUCGUGGAGGGACAUGGAGCGGAUGUACGUCAAGAAGACCAUGAUCCAGGACGACCUGAGCCGGGGCCGGAACAACGCCGACAGCCUGCUGGCCGCCAAGCCGGCCAACCUCGACGCCGCGCUGGCUCUGCUGCGGAAAGAGAUGGUGGGUUUGCGUCAGCAGGACAUGUCCCUGCUGUGCCAGCUGUGGUCGCUGCACGAGUCCAUCCAAGAGUACAAGGGCAGCUGCCAGGACUUGAGCGCCGCCUCCGGCCUCGGCAUGAUGGAGAACGGCUACUUCGACGAGGACGACGAGUACUACGCGGAGCCCGGUGCCACGCCCACUGGCGACCACCCGGACGCCGACGAGAUGGGGGCCGCGGCGGCGCGCGUGAACGCCGCGGGGGUCGGCAAAGACGACAGCUGGGAAUCCUUUCGCGUCGCCAUCUGAUGCCUCCACGUGGUAUUUUCUUCCCGUUUGCACCAGGAAUGUGACACUCUCGUCUCACUUUGGCGCCCCCUAUGGUCAAACUUUAAUGCUGCAGUGGAGCCUGACCUGGAGCUUCAUCGCAUUGCUCGCGAUGGAGUCCACUCAGACUUGUUUUCUUAUUUUAAAAAAAAAAAAAAAAAAAAAUUGAAAUCAAAUAUUAGUAAUAUACUGUAUGUAUGUUAGAUGUUUUGACAUUAUAAAUUUUACUUACGCCAUCCGGUGAGAACAAUUUACAUAUAAAUGUAUGGACAAAUUAUUUAUUAUAUAAUAUAAAAAUAAAAUCUGCUAUUGGAAGCGUCGGGAAGAGUUUGCGGCCAAGAAAGAAUUUGUUCACCCGAACAAUUGGUUGGGCGUUUUCCGGAGGGAUGAUUAUACGACGGGGGCCUUUUUCGACAGUUGGGCUAUGAAUGCUGCAAAAAAACUACCAGGAAAAUAUGUCCUAUCCUAAUCCUAAUGUAGCGAAGUGUUGGAUUGCCACAUCGGAAACGGAAUUUGUUUAGCAAAACGGUCAAGACGCUCUGCAGAGGAAUGAUCUUACGAAGUGGCGUUUUUUUCCCCACCGGUUGGGCUACAAAGUGAAACUCAUGAGCGCCACCUAAACGUUUUUGGAGGGAUCCGACUCAAACGGGAUCGCGAUUGAUCGCAUAUCGAAGCGUCGUGCUGCAACUUGAGGAAUGGAGCUUCUGUAGCUAUAAAAAAACGUGAAGCGCUAAGGUUGGGCAAAACAUGCUUGUUGAACAGCAAAUUUCGUCAAUCUCGACAAUUUUGGCUCGCCUAUUUCGUCAACUCACAAGUAGCAGCAAACUGGGAUUGCGAGUUCUGAUUUCAGCGAAGCAUCCACGUCGAACUUCGAAGUGAUUUGUUUAGCGCAACAAUGUCGACGACGUACGAGAUGAAAUGAUCGUACGAUGUCGCUUUUUUAAACAUUUGGGCGAAAAAUGCCUUAACUCUGAGCGAGCAUUUUGGCACAAAGAUUUUGUCAACUCAGAGGUCACUCUCCUGGUUACUGUGAUUUACAAUUUUAGUGAAGCCUCCAGCCGAAACAUCGGUCAUGAAAUAAAUGUGUUUGAGAGGAAGAACUGUACGAAUUGGCCUUCUGAAAAUAGCGAUUAAAAUGACAUAACUGGGCAUCGCAUUUUGACGCGAAAACAACCCUGGAAUAUUUUGUACAGAAGCGAUCAAGCUGUUGCGGACCCCUUGAGAAGCACAAGUUUGUAAAGGUGCUCACAAAGAAUGGAAUUUUCAAGUGUUCGUAGUUUGCGUCUGAAUACAGGGUCUUUUUCUAUAUUGUUACAUCAAGCAACGUCACGCUAGCGCCACAGUCAGUUCAAACUCUGACAUUUUCAUCUUCAUCCAGUCUGCGCGGAUGCUAUUAGUGCUUGAAUCUGCUUUUUUUUUUUUUUUUUUUCCCCCCCCUCAUCUUCGCGUCGCCAUCAUCACGUUAAUAACAUUGAUACGUCUGUACACAUCACAUGACCAAAGUCUUCAAGAAUGUCGCCACACUGUAGCGCAGGGUUAGCUGUGCCUUUAGAUUACGCUACUAAGCGCUAUUAGUAGCGCAAACACGUUGUGUUCAGUGACACUACAGAUGCAAAAAAAAGAAACGGUUAAAUAUUGUAAUGUACAUUCACGAGGCGUUUCAUUAGGUACACCUGAUCAAGUACAAGUGCACAAUUUAAUCGUUGUUUGUCCGAUAUUUUUUGUGUGCGCAGAACCCAAAUUAGUUUUAUUCGGAUUUUGUUGAAAUUUUGUGUUUUGAGAUCUGCACGUGGGCCGAAAAUGGUCCCACCACCAACAGCUUUUCCUCCCGGAAGGGUUGGAUUUGAUUCCUCUGGUGUACCUAAUGAAAUGACUGGAAAACAACAAGAAACGAUCAUAAAAUAUCAAACUGCAGCUUUAUCAGUAUCAUAUCAAAAACACUUUAAUAAUGUAUUAUUGAAUGUUUUGUGUGCGUUUAUGUCUCACCCGUAUAAACCUCGACAAAUCAGAGCAGUGAAAUGCCACUAACGAUGCACACUGUCAUUGGAUGUCUUCACUACCAGUGCCUUCAUAAAUCAAGUGGUGGCUAGUAACUGGAUGCAGGCUUAUCACGCUAACGGCUAAAGCUAAUUGCACUACCAAAGUAGGUUUUUUGUUGUUGUUUUGUUUGAUUAUGCCUCCAGCUGUUACAAGUGUCCAAAAUAAGUCAACCACCGUAUCAUACAAUUAACAUAAAGGGAAAAAUAUUCAGCCUUUACAGACGCAAUGUAGAAUUUCCAGUCCGCUUUGUCAUCAGGCUUAUCCGGUCAUUUUUCACACUCGUCAAUAUUAGCCAUUAUGCUACAUUGUAUUUACGCUGUACUCUGUGAAAUGUAUUUAUGUUGACUGACUUUGAACAAAUUGUAUUUUAUCUCCCAUUAAGCACCCAAAUGCUUCCACUUUUGGGAGAUUCCAUUAAGAAUCAAAUCAUGAAACGGCACUAAUUUCGAGUUUAACCCAGUUUUAACUCCGUGCGACAACCCCCCCCCAAAAAACAACACCAGAACGCUCGGAAUUUGACACAAGCAGCUUAAUGCUAACUUGUUAGCCCCUGCAAAUAGCAAUACAUCCAAAUUUGUCGUUUACAUGUUCAUGUCAUACAAGUCUUAGAAUUUAACACCAUUUCCAUGACAUCAUUAAUGGGAGAUUUCUAGUUCCCCUCCACACCUGUAGGUGGCGGUGUUUACCUCACGGUGAAGUGCGUGGCCAAAAAGAAAUGGGACAUAUUCAUGCGAACAUAUUCAAGCUUUACGACCAUAAGCCUGAAAGAAAAUCUUCCUGCUAAUAACGCUGGCUAAGCACCUGCGCCGCGCAUCAGGAUUGUAGCAUUUUUUUGUGUGGAAAAUUGUCCCUUUGUUUUUCUUUUUCUUUUCUUUAUUACGAUAUUAAUCAUGACGUUGGCGAUGAGUACAAUGAAGGUUUUCAUUGGGUGUUGUUGUUUCUGUCAUUCCUCUGUAAACAACCGCACUGCUGCUGCUUUUCUGGAUGAUAAAGGUUUAAUAAAAGGAUUGUUCCCACACGGGGUUUGAUUUUAUGUAUUU